UGGAAAAACUAGUAGUGUUUAAUCCUCAGUUGUUUAGUGUAUGUCCAGUUUUUCAAUUGUAACUUAUAAGUCAGCGAGUGUGUGAAAUCUAGUGUUGCAGAAAAAACAGGGUUUGUCAGUACAUCUGAAAAGCAGGUUCCUCAUUGCUCAUCCUGGUUUUAGUUUCAACUGUGCUCCUAAAAUGUGACUGUAAUUUCCAAGAGAACACAAGACUGGAAAUGGUUGCAACAUGGUCAGUUGUAAUACUUCCAAUUCCUCCAAUAAGGACCAAGCAACAAAUCACCUGUUUCACUUCACACAUGCUCAGUUUAGUACUUAUUCCACAAGUGAGCAAGCAGAGGCAGAAAGCAGCAUUUAGAGGAGAUAAAGCUAAUUUUGAGAUUUCUUUGAAGAUGUCCUACCCAACAACUCUGUUUGAAAUUGGUGGUGGAGGUGGUUCACCAUUUUCAUUGACCGGUAAGAAGAAUGGUGCCAGUUUAGAGAAGAUCGGGGUCUGGGUGGGAGGAUCUCAGGUGAAGGCUGUCAAGGUUUGGCUUUCAGAUGGCAGAAGAGAUACCUUUGGCAAUCCAGCUGGACCGUAUCAGGAGUACACGUUCGAAACUGGUGAGUGUUUCACUUCACUGUCCCUCUGGGGGAACGGAGCAGGAACACGUCUUGGAGCCAUCAAAUUCAAGACCAGUAAGAAAGGAGAAUUUUUUGCAAAAAUGACGAGCUGGGGUCUAAAACAAGAAUAUCCCAUUGAUAUAGGCUCUGGUUAUUGUUUGGGAGUUGUCGGAAGAGCUGGUGCAGAUAUUGACUGCAUGGGAUUCAUGUUUCUCAAUGAAGUUCAAUCAACGGUUCUCACCAAUGUCAACUAUCCCACAAUAAACCAACUGAAACCACAGGUGACCGUGGAAGAGCUCAAAUCUGUCACUUACACAAACAACUCCUCUGAAAAACAACAUCAAACGGUUGAAACCUCAAAGAAAGUGAUCGAAACAUCUUCAUGGUCAAUGAGUGUCAGCUUUACAGCAACAUUUAGUGUGGAAGUGAAGGCAGGGAUUCCAGAGAUUGUAGAAGCUUCUACAGGAUACAGUUUCAGUGUUGGAGCAGAAAGUACUUACAGCCAUGUGAACACCAAUGAGAAAACCGAAACUCUGACUACCACUAUAGAUGUGCCACCAAGAAAGAAGGUGGAUGUUGACAUCACCAUCGGCAGAGCCACGUCUGACCUGCCUUACACUGGCACAGUGAAGAUCACUUGCAAGGACGGCAGUGUGUUACAGUAUGAAACCAAGGGUCAAUACAAAGGGAUCACUUACACUGAUAUCAAAGUGGAUACUAAAGAAUCUGAUCUGUAAUGUUAAGACAGAUUGUUCUUGGCUGGGCUUUAUCUGAUUUUACCAGCAAUGUAUCACUUUUACAUUAAUUGUUUUGCUUUUGUUGUCUAGCACGUGCACACAUAGAUAUCAAAAGGGGCUUGAGCACCUGCCCUUUUUAUUUCUUGAGAGAAAGUGCCCUUUUUUUCCAAUUUAUUUUUAUUUUUUUUAAUAAAUGAUUAUAUGUAUUACAUGUGCGUGU